UUUUACGCAGAAGCAAGUAUAGAACGCAUCUUAUUGUAUGUUGCUGAAUGAAAUACUACAUGCUAAAAAAAACUAAGGAAAAUAUAUUAUCAUUUUUGUCCUGCAACCUUAACAAUUUCUUUCAAAAACGUCCAAUAUAAUAAUAGUAACAUUGAGAAGAGUAAUUAACAGUGUUAUUGGAAAGAGAAGAAAAUUAAGGUCAAAAGAGAGAAAAAAAAAAAAGAAGAAGAAAUAGAAAAAGAAAAUAAAUAAAUAAAGAGAUCGAGAAAGAGAUCGUGAAUUGUCUCUCUUCGUGGUCUUUCUUAACACUUUAUAGCGCAUCCGCGUUUCACGAUUCUCUGGAUUAAUUUACAUUAGUGUAAGUAAAAGUGUAUGCGUAUGUAUAUACAUAUACUUACUCGUUUCUACGAGACCAUCGGAAAAACGUGUACACUUUCUAAGAGAUCUGUUAAAAAGAAUUAAUUUAAUUUUUUGUUUGAUUGAUAAUUAUUCUUCUUUCUAUUCGAUUUUGUUAAUCAAAAUUUAACUUUAAUUUUUAAAAUUGAACAAAAUUUCCAUUUAAACGAAUAAUUUUAACUUCAUCAAACGAAGAAAGGAACAUAUUCAAUACGUUCAUUUUAGUUCUGGCAGAAAAUGGCACGAGGACAACAAAAAAUACAAUCUCAAGCAAAAGCUGCAGAAAAAGCUGCUAAAGUAAAGAAACAACAAGGGCAUAGUGCUAAUGAACAAAAAAAAGCAGCCCAAAAAGCACUAGUUCACGUGUGUUCAGUUUGUAAGGCCCAAAUGCCAGAUCCAAAAACGUAUAAGCAACAUUUUGAAAACAAACAUCCUAAGAAUGACCUUCCUGACGAUUUGAAGAAUAUAUGAGGGUACGAAUGUUUGCAAGAAAUCGCACAUAAGCAUGAAGAAAGAGAGAAAAAGAAUAAUAACUACCAAUUGAGUGAUAUAUAGUUUUAAGAUUCAUCCAAUAUUAAAAAAUAGUUUCAAAAAGAAAAAAGAAAAAAAAA